CAUGGCAACAUAAGGCAUGGGUCGCCCCUGGCUGGCCCACCCCAGCUCAUGCACGCAGUAGUCACCGUGCUCAGAUCAUCGUCACACUCAUGUUGACUGUUGGCUCAGGUUGAGUGUGUUGUUCUGUGAAUGUCGACACUGGUAACAUGAAGUCAUUGCCAUUCUCUCCAAACUCUCGCCUCUCAUCUGCGCAUCGCGGUUUGAUCUCCAGCGGCCACGGCGUUGGCUCAUGUUCAAGCCAACACGAGAGGCUGCGGGUGAGAUGGACGCUGUCCCCACCCACACAGCGACGUGCGCAUCCGCACCCCUGAUCCUCCGCGAUGCCGCUGUGUCGGGCUUGCCGCCCCCAGCCAGGGUAACUUCAGCCAGGGUGGCAGUGCUGCCGUGGCGGCUGCUGACCCUUGUUCUCGUCUCCAGGCUGCCAUCACUCCUGACGCCAGACUAUCGGAAUCAAUUCUGCUCAAACACACAAGGCGUGUGUGCUUGUUUUCUGUUUCCUCGUCUUACUCGCAGCAAACCCUCGUCUCACUCCCAGUGAACGUGUUGUUUCUUUCCCCUGGCCUCGAAAUCUCGUCAACGCCCAACACUACACUCCCCUAAGCCGAUCGUCAUGGGCAAGCCCAGCAAACAAUCCCCGCUGGGGGGCUCGGGCGAUGCCAUGUCGCUGCACUCGAAUGUGCCUGCCUACCGUGACCGGUCCGUCAGCCCGGCUGGCGCUCCUGGAAGCAGCAGCAACUUCCGCGGCGCCAGCCAUGGCCUGAACGACGACGACGACAUACCGCGGCUCGACGCCGACGAUGACGACCUGCCACCCAUGUACACCGACGUUGCCGAGUCCAACGCCCUGCUGGCGCCUUACCAAACCCCAGCUCCAGCCGUGGACGAUCCCAGCACUACCUUCCCCAUCUUCUCCAUGAACGCGUCCAACAGCAGCGAGAUCUACAUCGACCCGAGGCUCGACGCCUCUCCCGAGUUGCUCGAACGCCACAUCAUAGCGCGGGCCCAGGCGCCCCCAAGGCUGGCGGUGCAGGUCAAGGGCACACACAGAGAGAUGGUUGAGGAGCACGGCAAGAAGGAGCGCAGGAGCGUCAUCGACUUUGACGUGAGCAUCGAUCUGACUCCAUACCUCUACCAUGAUGUCGCCACCCGGCAAUCCUGGAGCGAGCUCGACACGGUCGACAACCUGGAGAAGGCCAAGCGCGGCACCGUGUUCGCCCGCCGCUCCCCAGUCGCCGUUUCGGGGGCCUUUGGCCUCGACGCCGAGAAGCCCUCUCUGCGGGAAUGGGUGCACCGCUACUGCGCCGGCUCCUCCUCCGGGCUCAAGGCUUUUGUGCUGCGCCGCCGCGUCGUCGGCCUCGACCGCGAGUACCUCCGAGAUCGCCUGAUACACCUUGUCAGGACGACAAACUACCAAGGCGACGUCAGCGUCUACUUCCCCUACCAUGGCGAGACUGUUUCGGUGUACAACGAGUGCAGGAUAAACCACUGGCGCGCCACGCGGUGGAUAAGAGUCGUCUGCUACGUCACCCUCACAUUCCUCCUCGCCUGGCCCUACCUCUUCUUCAGAACCAAGAGGUUCGAAACCGUGUUCGCCACAUGGCAUUUCUCGAGGCCGGGUUCGCAUGCGAAUGCGAAGGAAUACGUGUCUCUAAGUGAGGAACAACUCUUUGGUCUAUGGGCCUCGGCCAUCCACACAGCCGUGCUCCAUAAGAGGCAAUGUCUACUCGACCAGCAGGACCUAGUCAACUCGCAGCGGGCAGGCCCCGUGACGACAGGGAACGCGGCGGUCGACACGGGGGUGAACUUCGUGAUGGCCGGGAUCCGUGCCAUGAACGAGGUCAACCGUCAGAUGGGCUGGGGAUACGACCGUUGAUUUUCUUGUCGCCAUGUCUGGGGAAUAUCAGUGAGACUACUGCAAUUUUUCCUUGCUUCGAGUGGCCCAAUGAUCCGGGUCAGACCUACAGUUCCAUGUUGUUACACUCGCAAUUUUGAGAGAAUGAUUCAUGUAUAGGUUGGUGGUCAGACUUGCAUUGAAAAGAUGAUUAUUCAGCUAUAUUUCAGGCCCGGGAAUUUCACGCAGCAUUUUCCACAUCGACAUGGUACAUUCCAGCCACCCCAUGUAUCCGUCUAUAUCAUGAACCGUUACCCUCAUAAUCAGACACUGGAACCAAUCGUUGCUAAUACAUGAUAGGCCCCCCCUUCGCAAUUAUAUCAGCUAGCGUGGCGUAGCCCAGGAUUUUUUGCGCAAUAGUCAACGUUCCCAGUCUGGUAAUUGUUGCCCCCUGUUUGCGUGGAAGCGCUCCUAGUCAGAAUACAGAUCUCCAGUUGUCGUCAAAGCCAGGAGGGAGCUUGUCAAACUUACAGUACGGUGGGAAUACGACUGCUCGACCGCUUGCGCCCUGGACAGCAAAGGUGGUGAUGAAGACAAGGAGGUCGGUUCCGCCGCUGAUGGCAGCCGCGAGGAUGUAGUUCUGCGGUGAAUGGGCAUGUUGGUCAGCCGAUGCUUCGAGCCCCUCUUGACAAACUCGCCAUUAUUUUCUUCUUGUUUACUCACGUAUUUAAGGAACCACUUUGGAUACCGCUUCCGCACCCAGAGCUGGACGACAAAGGCGAGGACAAAGUGCAUGAGGACGCUGGAGUUGAUGCCGGCGCUCAGGUAGCCCAGGAAGUAGCUUAUGGCGGGCGUCACUACGUAGUCGAAGCCGGCCU